AUUGCCCAAAUCAUGCGCCUCAGACGCACGGGAAGGCGUGCCUCAGAUUGCGUUUACAUUUAAGUCUGUGCAGUGGUGAAGGACACAGUUCGCUAUGGAUUUACACCUAGCUAGUGCCUUCCACAGCACACACUUUGUUUGGAUCUAAUCAUAUGAAGCUGAAAUUUCCACAUCGAUGUUUUGCUGAUUGGAACCUUUUUUGCAACUGUAGGACGGAAUUUGGCCACAUUGGAGCGCAACAAGGGACAAUACAAUAACCCAUACGCGAGGCUCAACCUUUUCCUGAAUGCUUGUCCUUGCAUGGUAUGAGCGAAAUAUAAUCAGCUGGUGUGUGUGUAUGUUUAGAAACUGUUUAAUCAAACUAUAAGCUUGCAAUUGGUGUGGAGAACAAAUGGCAAUAAGGCGUCCACCUCGCAGUGCGCACAAAUUCCUGUGAUGUGGAUCUGUCACACUUUGUCAAGCUUUUGUAUGGCUAAAGCCAGAGGUUUUCUAUCGACUGGACACAGUUUUAGGAGUUAAAAGUUUUUUAUUGUUUGAGUCUUGAACGACUCUUUCCAUCACUGUAUCAAUGAUGACUGAGAACAAUGAGAUGGAGAGUGACCCGCAGCUCCAGCGCUCUCCAAGCACCUUGUCCAUCCAACCGAUGACAUCCAAGCUCCAGAGACUAAAACGCUCGCUGUCCUUCAAGACCAUCAUGCGCAGCAAAAGCGUAGAGAACUUCUUCCAAAGGUCCUACAGUGACGCUCGCCUGCCCCCGGAUUUCAUCACUGACCCGCCACCUCCUUCUCCUCCACUGCUGCCUGGCUCUCCUCUUGUCAGCGACCGCUCACCAUCCAUUUCACCAUCUCUCAGCCCCAACCCUUCCAUCUCCUCCCACUCCCCUUCUCUCAGCCUCUCCCCAUCACUGCCCACCAAGCCUCCCCGACCUCAGAUUACCCACUGUUUCCAGGACCAUGUCUUUCGCAAGCCCACCAACUGCCAGCACUGCAAGCACAUGAUAGUGGGAAACUCCAAACAGGCUCUGCGGUGUAAAACGUGCAAGAUGGCUGCUCACCUGUGGUGCACCUCAGAACUAUCACAGCAGCCAUGUCAUGGGAAGUCUGGAGCGUUCAAGCGAAACUUCAGCUCGCCGAUGCUCAUCAAUGACCAAUUGUCUGUUGUCAAGGAAGUUCAACCAAGCCAAGAGGCUGCGCGGAUGCGUGUAGACCCCGUGUAUGCCGCCUUGCGCUACGGGACGUCCUUGGCACAGAUGAGCCGCUCCAGUUUUGGCAGUUUGUCAGAGUCACCAACACGCAGCCUGGGGGAGGGAGGUGAGGAGAGUCAACAGAGACAGUACAGCAUGGAGGAAGAGAUAACUCAGGAGACAGGGGACGACCCUGUCCCCGACACUGAGAUCGAGAAGGAGGAAGACGAGAGCAGCGGCCAAGUUCCGACUCCUGCAGAGGAUAGCAGUGUGAAGGUGCCCAAGCGCAUUGAAGUUCACUCCAUCCACACCUAUGUAGCGCUCUACAAGUUUCUGCCUCAGGAACAGAAUGACCUGGAACUACAUCCCGGUGAUCGGGUGCAGGUCACUGAUGACUCUAAUGAAGAGUGGUGGAAGGGCAAGAGUGGUGACAGAGUAGGCUUCUUCCCUGCCAACUUUGUGCAGAGGGUCCGGCCAGGAGAGAGAGUGUGGCGGGUUGUCCAGGGCCUUCCCGGCAACCGAGAGAGAGGACACAUGGCCGUGAGGGAAUCACAGAUCUGUGUGGGGAAGCUAGAAGACGGCGAGGUGUUUCUGAAGCUGAGCAGUGGGAAGAAGAGAGGGCUGGUCCCAGCUGACUCCAUAGAGGAGAUCUGAGCCUCUGUGCGCACAUCACCAUCAUUCCUCUUCUACUUCCCUGGGAUGCACCCAUCUUCAAACUAUCAGCAUCAUCCCUCCCCCAACCUUCGCUUGGCACAAAAUCAGCCGCAGCCUCUCCAACCAGUCCUGAGUGACUUCAACCAAACAGAUAAACUGGACAAUCAAACAGAUGGACGAAAAACACACACUUCUACAAAGAGCUGGAACCACAGCCCCCCGAUGAACACGUGGUUUCCAGUUGAUUGGGUUUACUGUGUUUAAUAGAGUGUUUAAUAGGGUGUACAGUUAUGCGGUAGUCCUGCUCUUAGAAAGGAACUGUUUCUCAGCAGUCUAGUGUUGCUGUAGGUUUAUCUUUCCAAUACAAAAAUCAAUGUUUAGUUAGACAAAGGGUGCACAAAAAUGCUUUAAAUAUGCUUGCAGGAUGCCGGUUCACAUUUUGUUUUUCCUCAUCAAAAAGACGUCUACCAACGUGGGAGGAGGCUGAGUCCUGUCAUGGGAACAUGAUGCUUCUGUCAGUGCCCUUUUCUUGUUCCUACCCACUCUGUAUGUCUCAUCCCUAUCUGCUCAUGUCAGGGUCUCUGGCCUGGGGACUGAUAUCAGCUUCAUGUAGACUGGUACACAACAUGAGGCACUCGCCAAGGACAACCACUGCCAGCCAGAGAAGGUUAAUUCCAUUCAGACAGACCGGAGAAUCAGAUGAAAGGAGUACACACAAUCCCAAAAUCCUCAGGAGUUUCAGGCUGAGUUAUAACUUCCAACUUUAGAGUGCAGAAAUUAGAAGAUUUUCAAAGGAAAAUUGGAGGCUCUGAGGAUCUUUUCAUAGGAAACUCAAAAACAUUUUUCCCGACUUUUUCUGUAUAAAAUAAUGAAAAUAUCACACAAAAAAUGCAUCAGCAUCUUUUAAUUUCCGGCAAAAGAGCAUAAGUCAAUCAUGGUUGACCCCAUGGUCCACAGAAAGAUCAACUCAACAAAUUUUGCUAGACUAAAUCUAUAAGACAGGAACUUAAACUUCCAGGAAUUUCUUCUUUGGUGUAACGUAUGUUGUUGAUAACUCAGAAACAUCAAUGGUCUAUAUUUUGUUGUCUUACUGUUUUAAGCAAAUGUGAUGCAGGAGAAAUCAAAAGGGUUGGUCUCUGCAUAGACCCGCUGAAGAGCAGCAGCGGGUAUUGCAAGUAUUGCACAGCAUUUUAACAUGCAAUACACAAUGCAAUACACACAAUGGGGAUCUUUCUGACCAUGACAAGGAGUCUAAGUUUCACUGACAGCUUGGAGGAAGACACAGGAAAACAGAGGGAGGAAGAGGUGCAGUGAGAAGAAUGACAUCAGUGUUGAACCGUUAUGAGUCAGUGUGUGCAUGCAGGUAGUGUUGUACCCAUGGGCGCACGACUCAUCAUUGAUCAAAUGUCAGCCUGUCAUCUCCAUCUUUCACUCCCUGUUUGGCCUCUCUUGUCCUCUCUUUAUUGAUGUGACUGGUCAGUUAUGAAAUAAAGUGAAGGCAUUUUCUUUUCGUAUGUAGGUACACUUUUGAUGGUUUAGACUUCCAUCGAUUCAUUCAUCCAUUACUCAUUUAACAAAUUUGAUGCAUUUCUUUAAAAGAACACCUUGUUCCAGAGAGAGGGGAGACACACUCCACUUGUGAGAGAUCACGAACAUGAGGAAAAUGUAUGAUUGAAGCAAAUAAUGCAACAGUACAAUGAUGGCACUAAAAUUAUGAAAUAAUUUAACUCAUAUGUCUUCUUUCAGAGCGCAGAGAACUAGCUAAUAUGAUUCUUCUCUAGUCUACAUUUCAAUAUAUGUGAAAGCCUUUAGAGACUGUGAGAAAUAUCUUCUUGUAAUAACAAGAAUAGCACUUUAUUUUGUGUCAUCUUAAUAAGUUGUCCUUUUUAUUGAGGUAUCUCCUCCAUAGUGAUAGCUGUUGUAUUGAACAAUCAUAUACCUGCAACUUCACUUCACUUCAGCAUGGAGUUCUUCGGGCUGAUGGCUUAUCUUUGUAUGUCAGAUAUUUCUAAAGUCAAAAAAUAUCAGAGAUGGAGAAAACUGAGAAUAACAUAGCAGCAACCAUCCUAGAGAAAAUUGGUGGAUUUAUGAUUUUACCCAUGUAAACAAUUUGUUAUCGUGCAUUGCGUCUAGUUUUAUGUAGCAUCACAUGUUCACACCUUUGAGACUUCAAAAUGUAAAGUAUGUGUUUGGAUGUAUCCAGAGUCCAGAGUCAUUGGUUGGCCACAUACCUCAAUAAAAGAUCUUUACAAAACA